GUCCUGGCACACCCCACUGGGAACACAGAAUGCGGGGCUUGGCCGGGGCCCUGCCGUCCAUACUGCUGGGGUUGCUGCUCACGUCCACCCCAGGGGCUCUGGGGGCCAACCCAGGCCUGGUUGCCAGGAUCACCAACAAGGGCCUGGAGUAUGCGGCCAGGGAGGGGCUGUUGGUUCUAGAGCAAGAGCUGCGCAAGACCACCCUGCCUGACUUCUCCAGCGACUUCAAGAUCCGCCAUGUUGGCAAGGGGCAAUAUUCGUUCUACAGCCUGGAAGUCCACAGCUGCGCGCUGCGCGGCUCGGCUCUGCAGCCCCUCCCGCAACACGGCCUGAGUCUGUCCAUCUCCGACUCCUCCAUCCGCGUCCGGGGCAGGUGGAAGGUGCGCAAGGGGUUCCUGAAACUACAAAACUCCUUUGACCUGAGUGUCAAGGGUAUCACCAUUUCAGUCGACCUCCAGUUGGGCAGCGAGCCCUCAGGGAGGCCCACGGUUACUGCCUCCAAGUGCAGUGGCCGAAUCCGCGACGUGGAUGUGGAAAUAUCAGGAGGUUUGAGGUGGCUGCUGAAUGUCUUCCAUGAGCAGAUCGAGUCCAGGUUCCGGAGAGUGUUGGAGAGCAAGAUUUGCGAAAUGAUCCAGAAAUCAGUAACCUCUGACCUACAGCCUUAUCUCCAAACUCUGCCAGUCACAGCAGACAUUGACGGUUUCAUCAGCAUUGAUUACAGUUUAGUGGAGCCUCCUCGGGCCGCAGCCCAGACGCUGGAUGUGAUGUUUAAGGGUGAAAUUUUUCAACCUAAUCACCACUCCUCAGUUGCCCUCCUUGCUCCAGUCAUGCAUCUGCCGGGGGAACACGACCACAUGGUCUACUUUGCCAUCUCGGAUUAUGUCUUCAACACAGCCAGCCUGGUUUAUCACGAGGCAGGGUACCUGAGCUUCUCCAUCACAAAUGACAUGAUUCCACCUGACUCUAUCUUCAAACUGACCACCAAGUCCUUCCGAGCCUUCGCCCCCCGGUUAGCUAGACUGUACCCCAACAUGAACUUGGAGCUCCAGGGAGCAGUGGCCUCUGCCCCACUCCUGAACUUCGGCUCCGGGAAUCUGUCCUUGGCCCCCGUUAUGGAGAUUGAGGGCUUCUUGCUCCCGCCCAGCUCCGUCAGGGUGCCUGUUUUCCGGCUCAGUGUGGCCACUAAUGUGUCCAUCACGUCGACCUUCAACGCCACCAAGAUCAGUGGGUACAUGAAACCUGAAAAGGUACAAGUGGAACUGAAAGAAUCCAAAGUUGGACAAUUCAAUAUGGAGCUCUUGGAAGCAUUCAUCAACGACUACCUUCUCAACGUCCUCUACUCCGAGAUCAACGAUCAAUUGUCCGUAGGCUUGCCUCUCCCUCUGCUAAAGCGUGUUCAGCUCUACGACCUUGUUGUCCAGAUCCAUAAGAACUUCCUGUUCUUGGGCGCCAAUGUCCAGUACGUGAGAGCUUGAGGACGAGAAGAAAGAUGGGGCUUGGAGGCCACAGCUGGAUCUGCACGUGGCGUUUCCAGAUUUGCGGUGUAUUUGCAGAGAUCCUCUCGGAGGACGCAGACGUUUCUGUUCUCAGCUCUGGAGGCGAGGUCUGCCCCCAUCUUCCUCUUCACAGGAGCACCCAUGCCCUCUCUGACUCUGCACUUUACUUUCUCCUUCAGGAAGGACCUCCCUCCCCCACUGGCCUGGGGUAUCUUUAAGAGCAGGCAUUGUAGUUUUUAUUUGUCAUCUGAUCCUCGUGCCUAGCAGAGUGCUGGCACAUAGUAGGUCCUCAAUAAAUAUUUAUUGAAUGAUG